GGAGGCCCGGGUGGGAGGGACCGACCGAGUUCGCAGUCCCGCACUUUGGGGCCCCGCCGCUUCCGCCAGUCCCUGGGGCGUCCCAGGGAAGCUUGGACGCAUUGCCUUGGGCUCUGAGUAGCUGGUAAGUCCCUCUUCGCAUCCUGCCACCGUUCCGCCUGGUGUGGCAGCGGGGAUGAGAUUGGUUUCUUUCCCUCCUCGGAGCGAAAGCAGCGAUCCCAGGAUGGUGGUGAGUUUGGGGGUCGCACUUCCUCCGGCAUGGCACUGAAACUCGGGAGACCGGCACCCCAGUAACUGGUACACCAGUGCCGGAGAGGGUUGCAGUGCUCGGGAGAGGGCGUUGACUGACAUGGGUGGAGCCCCCACCCGGGGGUUAUGGGAUGGCCCUUCCCCAGCCUCCUCCUUCCUUCCCGGGACAGCCCAGUCUCUGGGCCCGCAGACGGAGCGCUCUGGUGGGCGUCUUGAAGCAGCUCCCGUGGGUUUCCAAUUUACAGCCAUUUCGCUCCCAAGGUGUUGUCCUAAAGGGCAUCGGAUUGGCUGACAGCCGGGGAGACCCCGGUCGCAGCCGGGCUGGGGACCGUGGCCUUCCUCACUGCCUCUUCAGGUACCCGGACCCUGCGGGCUGCGAGCGCUGAGAGCCGAGCGCCCUUCAGGGAGUUCGGCCCGGGCCCAGAAGAGACUCAUUUCAUCUUGGUUCCCUUCCCUCCUGGCUGCUCUCGCCAGGCUGGGAUCACGAGGAGGGCGUAGGCUGAGAAUGACUUCAUCCGGUCUCUGCAGUUGGGGAAACUGAGGCCUGGAGAAACGGAAUGGUUGGUUCCUGGCCACCCAGGAAGGCUUUCCGGAGAUGGCGCGAGGCUGCUGUGAGCUCAUUUCUUGUUAGAGACAAGAGGACCCAGAGAGGCUUAGCUGCCAUCGACCGUAACACAGCUGGCCCGGGCUGAGAUGGCAGUUCACCCUGACCCUGCUGACCACCGCCUCUUGGGAACCCUGUGCUCCCUCAGACCCCGCCUCUUCCCGCCCCUUCUGUUCUUGCUGUGGGCGCUCCUGAGCUGGGAUUUGAGGGGUGCCGCUCAGGGUCCGGGAGAGUGGACGCCCUGGGGGUCUUGGAGCCGGUGUUCCAGCUCCUGUGGUCGGGGCGUCUCAGUGCGCAGACGCCACUGCGUCCGACUUCCCGGGGAGGAACUUUGCUGGGGGGACAGCCAUGAAUACCGGGUGUGCCAGCUGCCGGACUGCCCCCCAGGGGCCAUACCAUUCAGAGACCUGCAGUGUUCUCUCUACAACGGCCACCCUGUCCUGGGCACCCAGGAAACCUACCAAUGGGUGUCCUUCCACGGGGCGCCCAAUGUGUGCGACCUCAACUGCCUGGCUGAGGGCCACGCCUUCUACCACAGCUUUGGCCGCGUCCUGGAUGGCACCCCCUGCACCCCGGGGGCCCAGGGUCUCUGCGUGGCAGGCCGCUGUCUGAGCGCAGGCUGUGACGGGAUCCUGGGCUCCGGCACCCUCGAGGACCGCUGCGGCCUCUGUGGUGGAGCGAACGACUCUUGCCUGUUCGUGCAGCGCGUGUUCCGCGACGCCGGUGCCUUCGCCGGCUACUGGAAUGUGACUUUGAUCCCCGAGGGCGCCAGGCACAUCCGCGUAGCACAGCGCAGCCACAACCACCUGGCGCUGGUGACCCGCGACGGGCACUACGUGCUCAACGGUGACGGGGUGCUUAGCCUGCCUGGCACCUAUGAGGCCGCGGGCACCCGCGUGGUCUACACCCGCAGUGCCGGCCCGGAGGAGACUCUGCAGGCGCCCGGCCCCACCACCCAGGAGCUGUUGUUGCAGGUGCUGCUGCGGGAGCCCAACCCAGGCGUGCACUUCGAGUUCUGGCUGCCCAGGGAGCGCUACGGCCCCUUCCAGGCUCAGGUGCAGGCCCUGGGCUGGCCCCUGCGACAGCCUCAGCCUCGGGAGGUGGAGCCGCAGCCUGCGGAGACCCCUGUCGCCCCCGAGGCCAUCCCUGCCCGGGUUGCAUCCCUGGCACCAGACCCCUGCGGGCCAUGCCCUGACAGUCGCGGUCGCGCACACCGGCUUCUUCACUACUGUGGCAGCGACUUUGUGUUCCAGGCCCGUGUGCUGGGUCGCCACCGCCAGGCCCAGGAGACCCGUUACGAGGUGCGGGUCUUGCUCGUCUACAAAAGCCGCUCGCCUCUGCGGUCUCGAGAGUAUGUGUGGGCACCAGGCCGCUGUCCGUGCCCACCACUGGCCCCACACCGAGAAUACCUAUUGGCUGCCAGGCGACUGGUCAGCCCCGAUGGCACACAGGACCGGCUACUGCUGCCUCACGCUGGCUAUGCUCGGCUCUGGAGUCCUGCCGAGGACAGCCGAGUUCGGCUGGCUGCCCGGCGCUGUCCAGUCUAAACCCUCGGUGGCUGCAGCCUCACCAGGCUCCUGUCCUGGUGUCCCGUGACUCAGGAAGAUCCCCCACCUGCAAGCUCAUCUGUUUUAACCAGGGUCUCCCUGUGUACGCAGCCUUGGAUGGCCUGGAACUCUGUGUAGACCAAGCUAGCCUUGAAGUCACGUGAUCCACCUGCCUCUGUCUCACCGGUGAAUGCUGUGAUUAAAGUUGCACUCCGUAUCUGAGAACUUUAA